AAAUCAUCCCAUUACUGCCCGCCACAUGUCCGAAAGAAGCAAGCACACUCAGAAGACAAACACAGACAAAGAAGACGAGAUUUUCAAACUUUGGACUUCUCUAGAGAGAGAGAAGGAUGUAAAACUCAGGAAGAAGCACAGUGUACUGUAGAGAGACAGAGAGAGAGAGUGAUGGGGAUGGAGCUAGAGGUUGGAAGGUCUCUUGCAGAGACUCCUACAUGGUCAGUUGCAACAAUAACUAGUAUAAUGGUUGCUCUCUGUUUUGUAGUUCAACGUUGCAUUCAACGACUCUUCAAGUGGUUGCAGAUGACGAGGAGAAAGGCUCUCUUGGCUGCUCUGGAGAAGAUCAAAGAAGAGCUGAUGGUCUUCGGGCUGUUAUCUCUGUUGCUGGGUCACUGGGCAAGGUGGGUUGCUGAAAUCUGUGUGAAAGCCUCUCCGUUGGGGUCGCGAUUCUAUCCUUGUUCUGUUAAGAAUUACAACAGGCUAUUGAUUCCUUCAGCACAAAUGGGGAAUUCUAGAGGUUCAUACUCUGUUAAUCAUUCGGUUUUUAGGCAGUGGAAACAUGGCUUUCAGCAUAGUCAUUGCUCUCAGGGUCACGAACCUUUUGUUUCGUAUGAAUCUCUGGAGCAGCUUCACCGUUUCUUGUUUGUUCUCGCCGUUACCCAUAGUUUCUAUUGCUGCUCUACAGUCAUUCUUGCAAUGAUAAAGAUAUAUAGCUGGAGAACUUGGGAAGCUCAAGCAAAGACAAUGGCUUGUCAGAAUUUACUAGGGGCUGAAAGGAAGACACUGAUUAUCAAGCGCCAAUCUACUUUUGUAUUUCAUCAUGCAUCACACCCAUGGAGCAAGAACAAAGUUCUUAUAUGGAUGCUUUGUUUUAUACGUCAAUUCUGGAGCUCUAUAAAUAGGGCAGAUUAUAUAGCACUGCGCUCAGGAUUUAUAAGCAAUCACGACCUACCGUUCUCUUAUGAUUUUCAUAAAUAUAUGUUGCGUAGCAUGGAGGACGAAUUCCGUGACACUGUAGGCAUCAGUUGGCCUCUCUGGUUUUAUGCCAUUCUCUGUGUUUUCGCAAACAUUCACGGGACAAAUAUAUUUUUCUGGUUGUCUUUUAUUCCUGCAAUCUUGAUCCUUUUGGUCGGUACCAAAAUGCACCAUGUAGUGGCUCAAUUAGCUAUUGAAAUAAUAACAACAGACAGUCCUGUAGAAACUCAAUUAAAUCCACGUGAUGGUCUCUUUUGGUUUGGGAAGCCUAAGCUUAUGCUAUGGUUGAUUCAAUUUAUAUCUUUUCAGAAUGCUUUUGAAAUGGCAACAUAUAUUUGGUCACAGUGGGAAAUGAAAGCACCUUCUUGUUUCAUGAGCAACCAUGGAUUCAUUCUUUUCCGUGUGAUAUCUGGGAUUAUCAUACAGUGCUGGUGCAGCUAUGUUACAUUGCCCCAGUAUGUCAUCAUUGCACAGGUAAGGUGGCUAGCUGUGGUUUCUGAAGAGAAAGGAUGUGCUUUUUGGAUUCUCUGGAGAGUUCUUUUUCAUUCUCAAAACCUUCUGAAUCUGCAGAUGGGGUCUCGGUUCAAGAAGGCAUUGAUCGCAGAGGACGUUAGAGAAUCACUUCACGGUUGGUGUAAGAGAGUUAAGGAAAGGUCGAAACAUGGCUCUUUGCAUGCCAACCUUAGAAGUGCAACAUCAACAACAUCUCUGGAUUCAAUGGCAGAUGGGGAAGAUGGGAUCGACCCGAUUUCGUUGGAUGAGAAUUUAAGCAUGCGAGUACAAUAUGCCUCCAUGAGAGAGGAUGGUAUUUUCAAUCACCAUCCAGGUGAUACAUUGUCUCAAUCUUCAGUUUUUUCUGAGCCUCAUCUUUAUGACAGUUAUGGAGAGGAGGAAGGAGAUGAGUUACAUAUUCUCCGAACAAUAGGACAUGUUUAGAAGACAAUUUUUAUCUGCAUACUGAAAACCACUGUGAUUACUACAUUCCGGGAAUUACGUAUCAAUAUGCUACGUUCUGAUUUGCGCCGAUCUCAAAGAGAGAUCAACCGCUUAGCGAGAAUUUAGAGGGGGGUGUCUACACAAUAGAAGUAAAAAGUGAGAGAAGGAUGGCGGGAAAGCCUUGUUUGGACACAAGGAUGAAAUACAUAAAAGUUCAACUAACUCUAACAACAAAAAUGGGACUCGAGAGAGGCUUCAUCUUCCAUUAUUGAGCUAGUUGUCUUGAUGUUGGUUCUUGUUUGGAUCUCCAAUCUUGGAUAACCAAAACAAAGAUGAACCCAAUUUUCUGUAAAUUUAUGGAGAUGGUGCUGAAUCUCCCAUAUGGGUUUUGAUACAUUAUCAUGUUGCUUACAGUACAUUGUGCUGUUUUGGUUGGUCUGGACAUGGACAAUUUCCUCCAAUUUUUGAAACUGUGGCACUCUUGGAUGUUCAGCAUAUAUAUAUAUAUAUAUAUGCAUGUCUUUUUAUGCUUUUGGCCA